UCCCCUUGAGAGAGCUGCACCACAAACACAGAGAGAGAGAGAGAAGGCUAUGUUCCAACUUCUCUCAUGAUUCCAUUUUCCCCUCCUUUUUUCACCUAUUCUCUAAUAAAAUAUCAUUAAUGUCUUACGAAAUAAUGGGUUUUUGUUUUUAUAAGACAUGGUAAUUUUUAUUUUUCUAGAGAUAAACAUGGUGAUGAGUGUUGCUCACUACCAAAUGAGCUAGCCUAGCUGAUGAUUAUGAUAACACUUGUCACCUUUUUAGUUGGAGACUUGUUCAUUAUUGUUCUUCUACUUUCUUUUUUUGCCAUUUAUUUUUCGUGCAAAUUUUUGUCUCGGAAGCAACAACAGUUAUGAUGGAGUCAAUGGAGUCAUGUGUCCCACCUGGAUUCCGGUUCCACCCGACGGACGAGGAGCUUGUUGGGUAUUAUCUGAGGAAGAAGGUCGCAUCGCAGAAGAUUGAUCUCGAUGUCAUCAGAGACAUUGAUCUCUAUAGGAUCGAACCAUGGGAUCUUCAAGAGAGGUGCCGGAUCGGAUACGAGGAGCAAAGCGAGUGGUAUUUCUUCAGUCACAAGGAUAAGAAAUAUCCAACGGGGACAAGGACUAACAGAGCAACCAUGGCUGGUUUCUGGAAAGCAACGGGGCGAGACAAGGCGGUGUACGAUAAAUCCAAGCUGAUCGGAAUGAGGAAGACCCUUGUUUUCUACAAAGGAAGAGCUCCUAAUGGACAGAAAACCGACUGGAUCAUGCAUGAAUACAGGCUUGAAUCCGACGAGAAUGGACCUCCACAGGAAGAAGGCUGGGUUGUUUGUCGAGCAUUUAAGAAGAAAACAACUGGUCAAACCAAGAACAUUGAAGUGUGGGAUUCAAGCUACGACGAACCAAGUGGCAUUAGCUCAGUGGUUGAUCCACUAGACUACUUGUCUAGGCAACCCCAGAAUUUUUUACCUCCGAGUUACUUGUGUAAGCAAGAGACCGAGGCUGAAAACUUAAACUUUGUCCACUCCGAUCAGUUCGUACAGCUUCCUCAGCUAGAGAGCCCAUCUCUGCCAUUAAUAAAAAAGCAGACCUCCAUAUCUCUAAUACCCGAGAAUAAUAAUAAUACCAAUCACAAAGAAGAAGAAGAUCAUCUGCUGAAGAUAAUGUGCAACAACAACAACAAUGAGAAAGUGACUGACUGGAGAACCCUCGACAAGUUUGUUGCUUCUCAGUUGAGCCAUGAAGAUAGAUACCAUGGUGAAGUAGCAGUUUCAUGCUUUGAUGCUGCAGAUAAUAACAUUAACAACUCAGACAUGGCAUUGCUGUUGUUACAGAGUAGUGGUAGAGAAGAAGCCAACAAAUUGAACGAGUUCUUGAACUCGAGCUCGGAUUGUGAUAUUGGAAUAUGCAUAUUUGAUAAAUGAAGGGUGGGGGAGAGAAAAAGGAGACCAUGAACAGAGUUUUAUCAGUUAAUUAAUAUUAUAAACGUUUGAUGCAUAACGAGACCUAUUUUUUGUAAAAUAUACAUAUACAUAUAUAUGGUUGUGAAAUGAGUGAAGAAACUCUCCUUUAAUCCCUAUCUCUCCCAUGGAAUAUUGCAUGCAUGUAAUUUCUCAAGUACUGUCUAACAGCUUAAGGAAAUUCUGAAGUAUACUGCAGAUACAGUAACUGCAAUACUACACCAUGGAUACGGGCAUACUGUGCCUGCAUUUUCAAAGAGUGAAAGUUUUACUAUCUCUAAAGCUCGUAUUAUUUUAGGUUGUAAAUUGAAAACAAAAAGUAGUUUCGGAUGUUGGAUUUUAAUUUAAACAUAUUGGAUUGCCAACCCAUUAUGCAA